CGCCCCGCCCUCCGCCAUGGCCGCCAUGGAGAAGCUGAUGCGGGCCUUCGAGGCGCUCCGCUCCUUCCAGCAGCAGCAGCAGCAGCAGCAGCAGCAGUCGCAGAGCCGCGCCGCCCCCGCGCCCGAGGAGCCGCCCGCCCGGCCAAAGAAGGAACUGUCCACGUCCAAGAAAGAUCGCGUGAACCAUUGCCUAACAAUAUGCGAAAACAUGGUUGCUCAGACUUUAAGAAAUUCCCCAGAGUUCCCAAAACUGUUGGGAAUUGCCAUGGAACUCUUCCUUCUCUGUAGCGAUGAUGCAGAGUCUGAUGUGAGGAUGGUUGCUGAUGAGUGUCUCAAUAAAGUGAUAAAAGCUUUGAUGGAUUCUAGUCUUCCUAGGUUACAAUUGGAACUCUACAAAGAGAUUAAAAAAAAUGGUGCUUCCCGGAGCCUGCGGGCUGCUCUGUGGAGAUUUGCUGAACUUGCACAUCUUGUUAGACCCCAGAAAUGCAGACCGUACUUCAUAAACCUCCUGCCCUGCUUGACGCGUGUAAGCAGGCGGCCUGAAGAAUCUGUGCAAGAAACCUUGGCUGCGGCAAUACCCAAAAUCAUGGCAGCUUUUGGAAAUUUUGCAAAUGACAGUGACAUCAAGGUUUUAUUAAAAGCUUUCAUAGGUAAUCUUAACUCGGCUUCUCCAACCGUCCGUCGGACGGCAGCCGCGGCCGCAGUGAGCAUCUGCCAGCAUUCGCGAAGGACGCAAUAUUUCUACACUCGGUUGCUUCAGGUAUUGCUAGGGCUGCUAUGUCCCAGGGAAGCAGAGCACCCCAGCGUCUUAGUUCUCGGUGUGUUGCUCACCUUGAGGUACCUGGCCCCACUCCUGCAGCAGCAGGUAAAAGAUACCAGCCUAAAGGGCAGUUUUGGUGUGAUACAGAAAGAAACGGAGAUUUCGCCUUCCUUGGAUCAGCUGAUACAGGUGUAUGAAUUAAGUCUGCAUUACACUCAGCACCAGGACCACAACGUUGUGACGGGAUCAUUAGAACUGUUACAGCAGCUUCUCCGAACGCCUCCUCCCAACCUCCUCUGGGCGCUCACUGUGGGUGGGGGACUUUUGCAAGUCAGUGCAGCCAAGGAUGAGACUGUAAGCAGAAACCGCAGUGACAGCAUUGUGGAACUGAUAGCUGGAGGGGGGUCUUCCUGCAGCCCUGUUUUUUCCAGAAAACAAAAAGCUAAAGUACUUUUAGGAGGAGAAGAAGACGGCUUGGAAGAUGAUUCUGAAACAAGAUCUGAGGCCAGCCACGCUGGUUUUGCAGGUUCUGUGAAAAGUGAGUUAAAUAGUGAAUUAGCGUCUAGGUCGGGUGCAUCAACGGCGGCAAGUGCGGCCUCUGAUCCCCCAGGCUGUGAUAUCAUAACGGAGCAGCCGCGUUCCCAGCACGUAUUGCAGCCAGAGUCGGAUCUCUCCACUUGCGAGUUGGCAGACGCAGCGAUGAAAGCCGAUGCUGAUGAUGACAUCCUUAGCAGAAGCUCCAGCCAGAUCAGCACCAUCCAGUCUGACCCUGCAGGAGACUUGAAUGACGGCACGUCAUCUCCCAUCAGCGACAGCUCUCAGACGACCACAGAAGGGCCAGACUCAGCAGUUACCCCUUCCGAUUAUUCUGAAAUGAUUCUAGAGGGUGGUGAAAAUCAAUACUCUGGAAUGCAAAUUGGACAACUGCAAGAUGAGGAAGAUGAAACUACAAAUGUCCUACAAGAUGAGACUAUUGAUCCUUUCGGAAAUUCUUGCCUUGAGCUUCAGCAAUCUCAUUUAGCGAAAGGCGUGAGCCACAGCAGGGAGCCUUCAAAUAGUAGCAUGGAGAAGUUUUUGCCUAAAGAAGAAACUGAACUUGCUGAUCAUGGAAAUAAGCUGUCCAGAAUUAAAGGUGAUAUCGGGGGCUAUAAGGAUGGAACUGCUGCUCCGUUAGUUCACUGUGUUCGCCUUCUGUCGGCUUCUUUUCUACUUACAGGAGAGAAAGGCGCCCUGGUGCCUGAUAAAGAGGUGAGAGUCAGUGUGAAAGCCUUGGCCCUCAGCUGUGUGGGAGCAGCUGUUGCCCUUCACCCUGAAGCUUUCUUCAGCAAACUGUACAAAAUGCCCACUGAAACGAUCAAAGAAGAAAGGGAAGAGCAAUAUGUGAAGGACAUUGUGAAUUAUAUUGAUCAUGGAGAUCCCCAGAUUAGAGGAACAACAGCCAUUUUAUGUGGAACCAUUAUUUAUUCCAUUCUCAUUCAGUCUUGCUUCAGUGUGGAAAAUUGGCUAGAAAACAUAAAAGCAUCAACAGUUACCCUGGUGGAGUGUAUCUCCUUGCUACAAAAGACCCUGAAAGACGAGUCUUCAGUUACCUGCAAACUGGCUUGUAUAGCUGUGAGGCACUGCAUCACGACCUUGUGCAAUAGCAGCUGGAGUCCCUUAGGGCUGCAGUUAAUGGUUGACCUCCUCCUCCUGAGGAACAGCUCCUACUGGCUGGUUAGGACUGAGCUGUUGGAAACUGUCGCUGAAAUAGAUUUUCGGUUGAUCCGGUUUUUGGAAGAGAGGGGCGGCAGCUUGCACAGAGGAGCUCAUCGGUGUGCUGGAUUGUUAAAACUUCAGGAUCGUGUUCUGAAGGAAGUGGUCAUUUCACUCCUGGGGGAUGAAGACCCCAGGGUCAGGCGUGUGGCUGCUGCUGCCUUAGUAAGGCUGGUUCCAAAGCUGUUCUAUAAUUGUGACACAGGACAGGCUGAUCCGGUAGUCGCUCUGGCAAAGGAGCAAAGCAGUGUCUAUCUAAAACUGUUGAUGCAUGAAACCCCACCAGCUUCUCAGUUUGCCGUGAGCGCUAUCACCAGAACAUACAGAGGAUAUAAUCUGACGCAAAGCCCAGCAGAUGCCACAGUGGAGAAUAACCUUUCUAGAGUGAUAUCAGCAGUAUCCCACGCACUGACAACAUCACCAUCGAGAUCCCUGACAUUUGGCUGCUGUGAGGCGCUGUGCCUUUUGUCCUCGUCGUUUCCAGUUUGCACCUGGAAUGUGGGAUGGCAUUGUGGUUUUUCUCCCCUGGGAGGCGUGGAAGAGUCUCAAGAGAACAGCACAAUUGGAAUGGUUGGCUUGCUGCUCUCCCUUCUUUCGUCUGUUUCAUUCCCAUUGGACCUCUCUGCCCACCAAGAUGCUCUGAUCCUGGCUGGAAACUUGCUUGCAGCUAGUGCUUCCAAAUCUUUGCAAAACCCCUGGACACAUAAUGAGGAUGAAACUAACGUUUCUGCUCCUAAGCAAGAGGAGUCAUGGGCAGCUCUUGCAGAUCGAAUGCUUGCUGUCUUAGUUGAGCAUUUGUUUUCCCAUUUGCUGAAGAUCAUUAAUAUCUGUUCCCAUAUAUUGGAUGAUGUUGUUCCUGGCCCAACGCUGAAGGCUACCUUACCAUCUCUAACGAACCCACCGUCACUGAGUCCAAUUCGACGCAAAGGGAAAGAAAAAGAAGUUGCUGAACAAGCAACUGUAUCAAUAAGUCCUAAAAAGACAAGUGAAAACAGCCCAGCUCCUAGGCAAAGUGAUGCUUCAAGCUCAGCUCCCCCAAGUAAGUCAUCCUCUACGCUGGGUAACUUCUAUCAUCUCCCAUCGUAUCUCAAGCUGUAUGAUGUUCUGAAGGCAACCCACGCCAACUAUAAGGUUACACUUGAUCUCCAAAACAUCAAUGAAAAGUUUGGUGGAUUCCUGAGAUCAGCUUUGGACGUUCUCUCUCAAAUUUUGGAACUGGCAACUCUGCAAGAUAUUGGAAAGUAUGUUGAAGAAAUUCUCUGUUACCUGAAAUCCUGUUUCAACAAGGAACCAGUAAUGGCAACUGUGUGUGUUCAGCAGUUACUGAAGACGUUGUUUGGCACAAACCUGGCAUCGCAGUUUGACAGCUUGUCUUCCACUUCCUGCAGAGCUCAGGGCAAAUGCCAGCACUUGGGCUCCUCAAACUUAAGGCCCGGCCUUUAUCACUGUUGCUUCAUGGCUCCUUACACCCAGUUUACCCAGGCACUCGCCGAUGCCAGUUUAAGGAAUAUGAUGCGGGCCGAGCAGGAGCAUGAUGCCUCAGGCUGGUUUGAUAUAUUGCAAAAAGUUUCUGCACAAUUGAAAACUGGUGUGACAAGUAUGGCCAAGCAUCGUGCUGACAAGAAUAUUAUCCAUAAUCACAUUCGUCUGUUUGAACCGCUUGUAAUCAAAGCCUUAAAGCAAUAUACCACCACCACAUCUGUACAGCUGCAGAGGCAAGUCUUGGAUCUCCUUGCGCAACUGGUUCAGCUGCGGGUCAACUAUUGCCUUUUGGACUCUGACCAAGUAUUCAUUGGAUUUGUUCUAAAGCAGUUUGAGUACAUUGAGGUGGGCCAAUUCAGGGAAUCAGAAGCGAUCAUUCCUAGUGUCUUUUUCUUCCUGGUAUUACUGUCUUACGAGCGCUACCACUCCAAACAGAUCGUUGGAAUUCCUAAAAUUAUUCAGCUGUGUGAUGGGAUAAUGGCCAGUGGAAGGAAAGCGGUGACACACGCAAUCCCGGCUCUGCAGCCCAUUGUUCAUGAUCUCUUUAUAUUAAGAGGAGCUAAUAAAGCCGAUGCUGGUAAAGAACUGGAAACCCAAAAAGAAGUUGUGGUCUCAAUGUUGUUGAGGCUUAUCCAGUAUCAUCAGGUGCUGGAGAUGUUCAUCCUUGUAUUGCAACAGUGUCACCGAGAGAACGAAGAGAAGUGGAAGAGAUUGUCUCGACAGGUAGCAGACAUCAUCCUCCCGAUGCUGGCCAAGCAACAGAUGCAAAUAGAUUCCCAUGAAGCUUUGGGGAUAUUGAACACUUUGUUUGAGAUCCUGGCACCUUCUGCCCUGCGUCCAGUGGACAUGCUCUUGAGAAGCAUGUUUGUGACUCCCAGCACAAUGGCUUCAGUGAGCACCGUUCAGUUAUGGGUAUCUGGUGUUCUUGCUAUUCUGCGGGUCUUGAUUUCCCAGUCAACUGAAGAUAUAGUUCUUUCUCGUAUUCAAGAGCUGUCCUUUUCACCAUACUUAAUAUCUUGUCAAAUAAUUAAUUGGCUGCGAAAUGGGGAAAAUAGAGUUCCUACAACUCAGGAGAUCCCCACGGAAGAGCAAGACCAAUUUCUGCCUGAAGAGACGUUUUCCAGGUUCCUAAUGCAAUUAGUGGGAAUCCUGCUGGAAGAUAUUACUAGUAAGCAGCUGAAUGUGGAAAUGAGCGAACAGCAACACACGUUCUACUGCCAAGAACUGGGCACCCUGCUUAUGUGCCUAAUUCACACCUUCAAAUCAGGAAUGUUCCGAAGAAUCACAGCUGCAGCUACCAAGCUUCUUACAGGAAAUGGGCCACAUAAUCUUCAUUUCUAUACCCUUGAAAGAUUAAAUGGUCUUGUUAAGUCCAUGAUAGCCACACAUCCUUCUCUGGUACUCCUCUGGUGUCAAAUCUUGCUACUCGUUAAUUACACCAAUUCCUGCUGGUGGUCCGAAGUUCAUCAGACUCCCAAAAGGCAGAGUCUUUCGAGUGCCAAAUUGCUCAGCCCUCAACCAAGUGGAGGCCCCCAUGAAGAAGACUGUGGCUCCAAACUUAGCAUCUGUAACCGAGAGAUAGUGCGGAGAGGGUCACUCAUCCUUUUUUGCGAUUACGUGUGCCAAAACCUGCAUGACUCAGAGCACUUAACCUGGCUGACUGUGAAUCAUGUUCAAGAACUUAUUAGUCUGUCUCAUGAACCCCCUGUCCAAGACUUCAUAAGUGCCAUUCACAGAAAUUCAGCUGCAAGUGGACUUUUCAUCCAGGCUAUUCAGUCACGAUGUGAGAACUUCACAUCUCCGACUGCGGUCAAGAAGACCCUGCAGUGUUUGGAGGGGAUUCAUCUGAGCCAGUCGGGUGCUGUGCUGAUCUUCUACGUGGACAAGCUGUUAGCUACUCCCUUCCGUGUCCUGGCUCACAUGGUCGACACACUGGCUUGCCGUCGCGUGGAAAUGCUUCUAGCUGCCACUGUGCAGAAUAGCACUGCUCAGUUACCAGUGGAAGAACUUGACCGAAUUCAGGAAUAUCUUCAGAACAGUGGAUUGGCCCACAGGCACCAAAGACUCUCCUCGCUCUUGGACCGGUUCCGUCUGACCGUAGCUCCAGAAACAAUUAGCCCACUGCCUUUGGUUACUGCACAUCCACUGGAUGGGGGGAACCAUCCUGCUCUGGAAACUUUAAUUCCAGACAAAGACUGGUAUUGUUCACUCGUGAGCUCCCAGUGCUACACAAAAUCUGCUUUCGCUCUGCCAGAAGGUGCAGAACUGAUGAGUCGGCUUCCUGAACAAGAACUGAUUCCCUUUAUGAUGCACCAGGAUUUCAACAUAAGCCUCCUUGCCCCAUGUUUGAGCCUCAGUGGGCAGGAACUCUCCCGAGGCCCAAAGAGACUUUUUGAAGCUGCCCGCCUGGUCACGCUGCAUCACGUGACGGCAGUUGUGCAAAAGCUCCCCACCAGCCAUCAGGCAUUCCAGCCGUUGCAACCCUCUGAACCGUCCACAUACUGGAGCAAACUGAGCAAUAUCUUUGGAGACACAGAAAUCUUUCAGUCCACAAUGGUUCUGGCUCAUGCUUUAAGUCAAUAUCUCGUGCUGCUUUCCAAACUGCCAGCCUCUCUUCGCAUUCCCCAUGAGAAAGAAAGUGACAUUUUGAAGUUUGUUGUAAUGCUGCUAGAGAUCCUGUCUUGGCACUUAAUACGCAAGCACGUUCCGCUAAGCAUCAAUCUCCAAGCUGUGUUGGACUGCUGCUGUUUGACGUUGCAGCAGACUAACCUGUGGAACCUCCUGGCUUCGGCCGAACGCGUGACCCACGCCGCUUCUCUCAUCCACUGCACCCGAUUCGUCCUGGAAGCAGUGGCAACUGAAUCGGGAAAUCGCCUUCUCAGUCCAGAGAAAAGGAAGAAGAUUCAAAAGGCUGCCAGUGAGAAUGAAAGGGGUUCACAAGCACCAAUUUCUGAGUAUAUUACAGCAACUUGUGAAGUGGUAGCAGAGUUGGUGGAAUGUUUGCCAUCUGUCUUGGCUUUGGGGCACCAGAAAAAUAGCACCAUCCCAGCAUUCGUUACACCUGUUCUGAGGAACAUCAUCGUCAGCUUGUCUAGGCUGCCACUGGUAAACAGCUACGCAAGAGUCCCUCUCCUGGUCUGGAAGUUGGGUUGGUCUCCAAGGCCGACCGGUGAAUUUGGCACGACGUUUCCAGAAAUACCUGUAGAAUUUCUUCAAGAGAGAGAAGUAUUCAAGGAAUUCAUCUAUCGAAUUAACACACUGGGGUGGACAAACCGCAUGCAGUUUGAAGAAACUUGGGCCACCCUUCUUGGUGUUCUUGUAACUCAGCCAAUCGCAAUGGAUCAAGAGGAAAACCAGCAAGAGGAAGACAUGGAAAGGACCCAGAUAAACGUUCUGGCUGUUCAAGCAAUCACCUCCUUGGUGCUGAGCGCGAUGACGAUACCCCUUGCCGGCAACCCAGCCGUUAGCUGUUUGGAGCAGCAGCCUCGAAACAAAACUUUAAAAGCACUUGAUACAAGGUUUGGGAGAAAAUUAAACGUUAUCAGAGGGAUCGUAGAGCAAGAAAUCCAAGAAAUGGCAUCUAAGAGAGACAACAUUGCUUGCCAUCACUUGUACCAGGUGUGGGACCCCGUUCCAUCCCUUGCCCCUCCUACUACAGGUGCUCUUAUUGGUCAUGAAAAACUUUUAUUGCAAAUCAAUACAGAGCGUGAAAUGGGAAAUAUGGGAUAUAAACUAGGACAGGUCUCCAUCCAUUCUGUGUGGUUGGGAAAUAGUAUUACUCCGUUGCGGGAAGAGGAAUGGGGUGAAGAUGAAGAUGACGAGAGUGAUAUGCCUGUCCUUUCCUCACCACCCUCUUCUCCCAUUAAUUCCAGGAAGCACCGUGCUGGUGUCGACAUCCAUUCGUGUUCUCAGUUCCUGCUGGAAUUAUACAGUCAGUGGAUUCUACCAUCCAACCCAAACAAGAGGACACCAGUUACUCUGACCAGCGAAGUGGUCCGAUCUCUUUUAGCUGUAUCUGACUUAUUUACUGAAAGAAAUCAGUUUGAAAUGAUGUACACCACGUUAACCGAACUGCGGAAGGUCCACCCAUCAGAAGAUGAGAUCCUUCUUCAGUAUUUGGUGCCCGCUGUGUGCAAGGCAGCCGCCGUGCUUGGAAUGGAUAAGGCUGUCGCUGAGCCAGUGAGCCGCCUGCUAGAAUCGACACUCCGCAGUGCACACGUGCCGGGCCGGAUCGGUGCCCUGCACGGAACCCUUUACGUCCUGGAGUGCGAUCUCCUGGAUGAGACGGCGAGGCAACUUAUUCCUGUAAUCACCGAAUAUCUGCUUUCCAACCUGCGUGGAGCAGCACACUGUGUGAAUAUCCACAACCAGCAGCACGUCUUGGUCAUGUGUGCAGUGGCCUUCUAUUUAAUAGAGAACUAUCCUGCCGAUGUCGGACCCGAAUUCUCUUCAGGAAUUAUUCAGAUGUGUGGAGCGAUGCUGUCUGAAAGUGAAGGAUCCACACCAUCUGUGAUUUACCAUUGUGUUCUCAGGGGUCUAGAGAGGCUCCUCCUUUCAGAGCAACUCCCCCGGCCUGAUUGCGACGCCUUGGUGAAACUGAGCGUGGACAGAGUGAAUGUCCUCAGUCCGCACAGAGCCCUGGCUGCCUUGGGGCUGAUGCUGACCUGCAUGUAUACAGGAAAAGAGAAAGUCAGUCCUGGACGAGACACCGAUCACCACCAAGCAGCCCCAGACAGCGAAUCUGUAAUUGUGGCGAUGGAGCGAGUUUCUGUCCUCUUUGACCGGAUCAGAAAAGGAUUCCCCUUUGAAGCCAGGGUGGUAACGCGGAUCCUCCCUCAAUUUCUUGAUGACUUUUUCCCCCCACAAGAUGUAAUGAAUAAAGUUAUUGGAGAAUUUUUAUCAAACCAGCAACCCUACCCACAAUUUAUGGCCAAAGUGCUAUAUAAGGUAUUUCAGACCUUGCACACGACAGGCCAGUCAUCGAUGGUCCGGGACUGGGUGAUGCUGUCGCUCUCCAACUUUACCCAGAGAACGCCAAUUGCCAUGGCAAUGUGGAGUCUGUCCUGCUUUUUUGUCAGCGCUUCCACCAGCCAGUGGAUUUCAGGGAUUCUCCCACACAUUAUCAGCAGAAUGGGAAAAUCAGAACAAAUAGACAUUAACUUGUUCUGUUUGGUGGCCAUAGAUUUCUAUCGGCAUCAAAUAGACGAAGAAUUGGAUCGCAGAGCCUUUCAGUCUAUCUUUGAAGUGGUCUCAUCCCUGGGAAAUCCAUAUCAUCGUCUACUGACUUGCUUACGAAAUGUUCACAAGAUCACACCAUGUUGAAACAGUGCAGAGAAAUUACGAAACGGAAGGUUGACAUUUGAAUCUAACACAAUGGAGAUUCUGGGCAUCAUUUUUUAAAUUUCCCAACCAAAAUUAUUAUGUAUGUAAUCCAUAUGGAACAUGGUUGCUGAACCAAACAACACAAAACAUGUUUUUGUGAGGAAUGUAUUAAAACGAGGUCCAGUAAGAUAUGGACAAGUGCUGAAUGCAAAGCAAAUUGUUCAUCUCGGCUUGAAUUGGUAUAUUGUUAACGCUGAACCUUGUGAAUUCUGCAGUAUGAGCUCACAGACAUUUAAAAAGCCUCCAUGCUUUAGUUUCAUCUAGCUGCAAGUAUUCAGUUGUAAUUUGUAGUUAUUUCCUAAUGUUGCCAGAGAGAAAGAAAAGGGAGAAAGACUUUUAAACACACUGAAAAUUUAGUUUUUCUGUUUAACAUGCUCCAACGUAUUUUGAUGCAUAAGAGUGGGGAAAUUAGACAUAUGGAGCUAUACUUCCUUUUUUACCUCUAGAUUUAAAAGUUGAAUCAAUAUAUUGGUUUAAAAAAUAGCCCAUGUAAAUAGUUCUAAAUCAUGUAUAGUAUGUUAAGAUACAGGAAUGGUGUGAGGCAGGGAAGCACUUACGGUUAAAAACAAUAUUUGCCACAUAUGUUGAAUAGCUUGGUACAGUUUCCUAUUGUAUGUUCUUUAGGUCUAUUUUUUUAAUGCACUUCAGUGUAACAUUUUAAACUCUGUAUUUCAUCUUUUGUAUGUUACUCUUUGAAAAAUUUAAAUAUAUUGAUUAGUUUAAAUUGGACGUAAGAGAUAAUUUUAUGUAGGUGCUUUGGAUUCACUUUGGAUAAGCAAUGGGGGGGAGGGACCUGACACUCCAUGAAACCUUUUACACGCACAUUUUAGGAAAGUUUUCCUUACAAUAAGCAUUUUGUGCAGCCAUUUUUGGGUGUGCCUUUUGAUUAAAGCCACGCAAUUUGUUCAGACUAAGCAAGCUCUGCAAACCUGCUGAGAACCCAGCCCGGUUCUUGCUUCUCUAGUUGUGGCUCCAGGACCCGAGGAAGAGGCCAAGGCGAUCCUGUGGCCUGGCACAGGCAUGGGGUCUUCUUCCUGAGGGGGGGACAGCUGAGGAUCUGAAGGUCGGAAGGGGGCAGACGCAGAGAGAGAAGCUGGCAAGAACCCUGCCCUGUUCCCCCCUCUCUCACGCACACACGCACGGACGCACCCUGGCACUACGGAGUCUUUCAGUUGCACCCUUCAUGUUUCCUCCUCUCCUUGCGUAGGUCCUCUGCUUCACAGCCACCCUCCUAACUGCUGUGGCUGUGAUGCCUGCCUCCUCCCUCCCGCUGAAAUCUGAAGGAGGCUCUCCCACCCCAGGCCAUCUCCCCUCCCCUCCCAGCCCCGAAGGUGCCCAUUUCAGAUCCACCCUGGGAGCAGCCAGUGGGAGGAUGGCAUGGGCCCCGCUCAGGGCCUACCUUCCCUCUGCUGAGCAAGUGCUGCUCAUGCUGUGGAGAGGCACCACAGGACUAUCCAAGAGGGAGGCACACAUUUCCCACCAGCCGGGAAGGGGGUCUCGUGCAAGAGAUGCACAGCAGUGGCAGCGCCUGUAAUCUUAAAGCGGGGGGCAUCCUCCAGGGCUUGAGGCCGCAGGAAGGUUCAAUUGUUUUCCUGCGUGGGGCUGCUGGUGCCUCACUGUGAGGCAAAACAGGGUUGGGAGGUUCAACAUUUUGAUCUUCAGCAACACUCCUAUAGUAGAAUUCAUCUCCACGUUUCUUGCUAACAAAAUUAAUUUUAUCAGAAGGAAUAUGAACUGCGUUAGUGUAUAUAGUAUAUGUAAAAUAUAUGCAACUACAUUUGAUGUAUGCAUACAAAUGUAUUUAUUAAACGGAGUUUAAACUAC